AUGGUUGUCGACGCGGUUGUCGUGGCGUCGCCGACCUACACACAUGAGAAUAUCGUUAUCAAGGCUCUGAAGGCGAAAAAGGCGGUCUUCUGCGAGAAACCUAUAGCGGAAAAUCGAUCGGACACUGUCAAAUGCUACGAGAUAGCUGAGAAAAUCGGCAAACCGUUGUUUUGCGCGUUCAAUCGGCGGUUCGAUCCGAGCUACUCGGAACUGCGAGACCGAGUUCGAAAAGGUGAAGUCGGACAUGUCCACAUGAUCAAAUCCGUCUCACGCGACUCUCCCCUACCUACUAUAGAGUAUCUGAAAGUAUCCGGCGGUAUCUUCCACGACUGUUUGGUUCACGAUAUCGACAUCAUCACCUGGGUUCUCGGAGAGUAUCCAGACAAGAUUUCGGCCAUAGUUAAUGCGAACAUCCCGGAGAUCAAGGCAAUCGGGGAUUUCGAUACGGUCGCAGUGACCAUGCACUUCCCAUCAGGUACCGUCGGCAUGAUCGAUCUGUCGCGCAACAGCACUUACGGAUACGAUCAACGUCUGGAAGCGUUCGGUCCGAGGGGUGUCGUACAAGCCGACCACGAGCAGCCAAACUCCGUUCAUCGGCAAAUCGGUCUAAACGGACCGGUCACCGCACCGAUCUGGUACUCAUUCGCCAGCCGUUUCAUGAACGGCUACCGAAGGGAGUUCGAUCACUUCGUCGACAUAGUGCACGCAGCUGGUAUACACAUGUCGUACUUAUAA